AUGGUUGCGACAAUGACGAACGAGGAUACUCAGGUACCAAUGCCAGAUGCACUGGAUGCUGCAUCACCUUCACCACAAGAACUUGAGGGGAUCUGGGCUAGCAAUGCCGUUGUCCCAGAGUCUAUCACAGGCUGCGUUCAUGAUUUAAUUACUGAGGUAGCGCAAAGACAACCAGAUGCCCUUGCUGUUUGCGCGUGGGACGGAAAUUUUACCUAUGCUCAACUAUCCACCCUGAGUGAUCAUGUUGCUCAUUAUCUAUGUGAAAUGGGAAAUCCACCGAGCUCCUCGGUCACCCUUCUUUUCCCGAAAUCACGAUGGACAUGUGUCGCCAUGUUAGGAAUCAUCAAAGCCGGAUGCGCGGCAAUUGCCCUCGAUUCCACUCAUCCAGAUGCGAGACUUCGAUCUAUUAUUGAACAUGCGCAGCCAAAAGCCAUGAUCUGUUGCGCGGCUACCCGUGACAGAGUAUCUCUAUUGUGCGACUCCCCCGUCCUUCAGCUCGAAGAUAGCCUGCUGGAGAUUGCGGGUACCAUGAAACGGCAGAUCCUUGAUUUGCCUGUGGUAUCACCCAGAGAUAUAGUCUAUAUAUCUUUUACAUCUGGAACUACCGGCGAACCCAAAGGAGCGUGUAUUAGCCACGCCAACGUGAGAAGUGCUGUACAUCACCAGGGUAAAGCUCUUGGCUUCCAUCCAGAAUCGAGAGUCUUUGACUUUGCACCUUACUCAUUUGACGUGGCCUGGAGUAAUGUUCUUCAUACGCUGUCCGCAGGUGGCUGCUUAUGUGUUGCCAACGAGCAAGAUAUGGUGAAUAACCUAUCAGCUGCUAUCACGGCCUUUGCGGCGAGUCUGAUUAAUGUCACCCCCACUGUUCUGCGAACAAUCAGUCCGGUCCCACCGACACUUCAAACUGUACUUCUGAGUGGAGAGAUGCCGUAUCGAGAAAAUAUAACUCAAUGGGCGGGCCGCGUUCGUCUUCUCAAUACAUACGGUCCCACCGAAUGCACCUGGAAAUGUACCUUUUCGCAGCUCAAUCGCUGCGAGGAAGACCGGCCGGAUAUUGGGAGAGGAACGGGGUUCUGCCUCUGGAUUGUCAAUCCCAACGACAGCAGCCAGCUUGUUUCUCCUGGUUCCCCCGGAGAACUGUACCUUGAGGGACCCAUGGUUGGCCAAGGGUACCUUUCCAAUCAAGAAAAGUCUAGCGAAGCGUUCAUCGACAACCCACCAUGGCUUUUGUCUGGUAGUCCUGGUGUCCCAGGACGACAAGGCCGCCUAUACAGGACCGGAGACCUAGUCAAAACGCGCUUAGAUGGAAGCGUCCUGUUUCUAGGGCGGAAAGAUGUCUCUCAAUUAAAGAUUAGAGGUCAACGGGUUGAGAUUGGGGAUGUCGAGCACCAUGCGCGUGCAUGUCUGAAUGACGCACUGACAAUCAUUGCCGAUAUCGUGCUGCCCCGGGGAAGCGAUGCUGCACUGCUUGCACUAUUUGUGCAGACCAAGAACCAGGACCCAAAGGCAGUCAAGGCCGUGAUGAAUGAUCUUGUGCGUGACCUAGAUCGUGUAUUGCCAGCAUUUAUGCUCCCCAGCAUCUAUCUCCCCGUUGAAGAGAUACCGGUAGGUGCCACGGGGAAAGUCGACAGGCGACAACUGCGAGGGCUGGGAGUUAGCUUAUCUUUAGAGCAGCUUCUUAACUUACAGUCAACCAUCCUGCCAGUCCAAGAACACCGUGACCCAUCCACUGUCAGGGAGGAGCAGCUCCGAGAGCUUUGGGCGCAUGUAUUAAACAUACCAUCGACUGGAAUUAGCGCCACGGACAGUUUCCUCCGCUUAGGCGGGGACUCAGUGGCAGCCAUGCUGUUGGUCGCGGCAGCACGGGAGGCCAAUUUAUCCAUCACAGUGGCAGAUGUGUUCAAGAGUCCAGUGCUGUGUGAUCUUGCUCUGGUUAUCAAGGAGGAUUCUUCCUUUUCUGGAGAAGAGGUAAUUGCCCCAUUCUCCUUGCUGGAUCAUCCUUCAGAUAUUCAAAGAAUGCGCGAGGAGGCUGCUAGGCUCUGCAGUAUUGAAGUGGCUCAGGUUGAAGAUAUAUAUCCGUGCACCCCACUCCAACAGGGCAUGCUCUCUAUCACGGCUCGAAGCGAGACCAAUAACGUUGCGCGGACACUAUUUGAGCUCCCUAGCCACACAGAUCUCUCUCGGUUCGAAAAGGCAUGGCUAAGUACUGUUCAGCAAGCAUCAAUCCUGCGAACACGGGUCAUCGACCUGACCAGCAAUGGUCUAGUUCAAGUUGUUGUCGAGUCUCCCAUCAUGCUGGAUCGAUAUGAGAAUAUCACCGACUUCGUCAAAUACUCCGUUCCAAUGGGAUUGGGAGUUCCUUUGUGUCGAGCUGGCCUAAUUUCUGGAGUGUCCCCUUGUCUUAUCAUGGAAAUGCACCAUUCAAUUUUCGAUGGCUGGUCCACCAAGUUGAUACUGGAUGCCAUGGAAGCCGAAUACUACGAGAAGGUCACACACUCAGCUAUGGUGCCCUUCCGGUCAUUUGUGAAGUAUGCAAAAGGGAUGAACAAGGAAAAAGCGUCGCUCUAUUGGAAGACCUAUUUGGAUGGGGGUUCUGAAACGAAGACUUUCCCGUCUCCGGGGUAUCGUCCAGAGACAAAGCUUGACUUCAACCAUAAUGUCACUGAAAUUCCGUGGAAACACUCGGGGACCACACCAUCGUCGGUCGUUAGGGCCGCCUUGGCGCUGGUUCUGGCCUCAUACACCAACUCCAACGAUGUCAGAUAUGGUGCCACGAUCAGCGGGCGACACGCUAAUGUGGCCGGGAUCGAACGAAUCGCCGGGCCUACAAUCGCGACUGUACCAGUCCGCGCCAUAUUUGACUGGAAUCAAACAGUCGAGAGCUGGCUUGAGCAGGUUCAGACACAGGCAGUGGAGGCUACUGCACACGAGCAGCUAGGGCUGCAGCAGAUUGUUGGGUUGAUUGAGGAAUCCAACCUUUUCCAACUGCUCCUGGUGGUCCAGCCGGCUCAGCAAGGAAAUACCCACGAGGCUGGCAGCCUUUUUAGCAGGGCUAGUAGUGUUGUUAGCAGCUCUGAUAAACCUGGCAGUUUGAAAAUUGUGUGCAAGGAUGGAGAAGCCGACACCGUUGGCAUGUACAACCCUUAUGCGAUGAUGAUUAUCUGCCAACUCCACGACUCUGGGGUUGAACUGAAGAUCAACUUUGAUUCUGGUGCCAUUUCAGCUAGACGGGUCGAGCGAAUGUCGAUACAAUUUGAACAUUUGCUGCGACAGGUUUGCUCGGAGGAGUGUACUCAGAUGAGCCUACGGGAUAUCACCGCUCUCACCAAGGACGACUUGGUUGACAUUUGGACUUGGAAUGCAGCGCCGCCGGAGCCCAAGUUUGAAUCUAUCACCGACGGCCUUCGUCGGCAAAGCGAUGCGAAGCCAGGGGCAGUUGUGAUAUCUGCUUGGGACCAGCAGUUCACAGCCCAACAGGUGCAAGUCUGGUCUGUAACGCUGGCUGAUCGGCUUCUCGAUGAGGGUGUGCUUCCUGGUUCUAUCAUUAUUCUGGCAUCUGAAAAGAGCGCGUGGCAACCAGUGAUGAUGCUUGCAGCCCUCAGAAUCGGUGCAAUUGUUCUGCCGAUGUCUGUGCCUGUUUCCAAAGCUCGAGCCCUGCAAAUUGUUGAGAACUUGCAGCCCCAAUUUGUCGUUACCUCCACCUCGUCUGAUUUAUGUCCAUUCCAUGAGUUGAUCCCAGUUCUGAGUAUCACCCACCUCAUCAUCCCGGAGAGGAAAGGCUCCGGCGUUGCUGUCAAACAUUCACCAUACUGCCACCUGCCAAGUGAUCCUGCUCUUCUUCUGUUUACAUCAGGGUCCACAGGAACCCCAAAGGCCAUUGCGUGGAGUCACAGCGCCUUAUCAACUAACAUUCAAGCUGCGAUCGUUGCAUUCGGAUUGAACGAUACGAGCAGAGUCUUCCAGUUUGCCGGUUACGAUUUUGAUGUGAGCACAGUAGAGACUUUUGCUGCCUUACUGUCUGGAGCUUGUCUGUGCAUCCCAUCAGAGACAGACCGGAAGAAUCGACUGACUGACGCAAUCAACGGCUACCACGCUAACUGGAUGUGUCUGACCCCAUCUGUGUCCGAGACCAUGAGCCCGAGCGAUCUGCCAUAUAUGCAAACAGUGAUAUUUGCGGGUGAGAAACUCGAGUACAAGACUGCUACUCGAUGGUUAGAUACGCAAAAAACCGUUCACAACUGGUACGGGCCAGCGGAAGCCUCGGUAGCUACUUCGUGCCUUGUAGAUCACGACAUUUGGCGUCCAGGUAUGAUCGGGCAAGGCCGCGCCGGGUUACCGUGGCUUGUUGAUCCGAAAGAUCCAAACCUACUCGCCCCAGUGGGAGCCGUGGCCGAGUUGUGCCUGGAGGGCUCUAUGCUUGCCCAAUAUGCUGGAGCUAAUGGCGCCGAGUUGAACAAAGAGAGUUUUAUCUCUCCAUCGUGGCUGCAGGAUGGCCACUGGAAGACCUCUGGUCGACCAGGUCCAGUCUAUCGUACCGGGGAUCUGGUGAAGUACGACUCGGAUGGUCGUAUCAUCUAUCUUGGGCGUCUCCAAGAUUCUCAGCGAAAGAUUCGAGGCCAGCGGAUUGAUCUGGGAGAGAUAGAGCGGUGUAUCCAAGAAUUCCUGAUUGGCAUAGUGGACACAAUGCUUGUCGCAGAGAUAUUCUCUCCAGCUUGCGGUGAUAACGAUACUUUGGGCCUCUUCGUCAGUCCUGCUGAUCCCGUUGACCGCGCAGAUCCCAAAGCAUAUCUGCAAAGCGCGUGGCCGGUCAAUGAUCUGGAAAACUAUCUUGCCAGCAUUCUCCCGUCUUAUAUGAUUCCCAGGAUCUACAUACCUCUCAGUGAACUUCCUAUCGGGCCGACAGGAAAGAUAGAUAGGCGAGCAUUGCAAGAGAUUGGAGGUUCCCUCACGUUGGCGCAACUGGCAGAAAUGCAACCAACCCGAAGGCAAGCCAGGAAAGUGGCCACGGAAAGCGAGAAACUAUUGCAGCAAAUGUGGGCUCAUGUGUUGGGGGUUGAGCCAGAUGUUAUCUAUGCCACUGAUCACUUCCUUCGCUUGGGGGGAGACUCGAUCAGCGCCAUGCGCCUUGUUGGAAUGGCCCGUAGCCAGGGCUUUUCCCUGACUGUGGCUGAUGUAUUUGAUUUCCCCGAGCUAGAGAAGAUGGUCGAGAAAAUGGUCCACGGUGAAAGCCAUGCGGAUAUGCACGAUAUUCCCGCAUUCUCUCUUUUACCCAUGGGGAUGGACGUGUCGCACGGCCGAUCACAUGUUGCUCAAAUAUGUUCAGUCUCGCAAGAUCAAGUGCUUGAUAUCUACCCCUGCACAGCACUUCAAGAGGGGUUGCUGGCGCUUGGAGCUAGAAGACAAGGACAAUAUAUCUCGCGCAGUGUAUUGCCACUUCAAAGCGAUAUCAAUCCAGACCGACUCAAAAAUGCCUGGGAAAGGACAAUCGCCAAAUUGUCUAUUAUGCGAACCCGAAUCGUGGAUCUCCCAGGCAAAGGUCUUGUGCAGGUCGUUCUCAAUGACACGCCCUGGAGAUCCGGUGAAAACAUCCAGCAGUACUUGCAUGAGGAUGAGAAGGAACCGAUGGGACUAGGAACCCAGCUCUGUCGUGCGGCCAUCAUUGAUCGCACGUUCAUCUUUACCAUCUCACACUGUCUAUAUGAUGGCAGCUCACUGCCUAUGAUUCUCGAGGAAAUCCAGGCACAGUAUUACGAUCAGCCAGGAAGGAAGGUCACUGGGGUGGAGCAUUUCAUUCGCCAUUUGAGCCAGAUGAAUACCCAGGAAUCAGACGGCUUCUGGAAGGCCCAGCUGACUCGCGCUGAGUUCCGUGCAUUUCCCGUCCUGCCAUCUGCAGCAUAUGAGCCACAAGCUAGUGGGUUUACAGAGCAUCCGGUUGCUCUGCAUUGGCCUUCCAAGGGAGCAACCCCAUCCACGAUUCUCCGUGCAGCGUGGGCGGUCCUCUCAUCACAGUAUGUGGCCUCUAACGAUGUGAUCUUUGGAGUAACAGUUAGUGGGCGACAGGCAAAUAUAAACGGUAUGGAAAACUGCGUAGCGCCAACUAUCGCAACGGUUCCAAUUGCUGUAUCAAUUGAUUGGGAGAAUACGGUCGAGGAAUUCCUCCAAGGCCUCCAGAGACAGGGACUGGAUAUCAUGCCCUAUGAGCAAUACGGCUUGCCAAAUAUUCAACGAGCCAACGGAGACCGCAAUGCCGGGUUGUUCCAGACUCUGCUAGUGGUCCAGCCAAUAGUCACAGGGAACAGCCUGCAUGAGGAUAGCCGGUUGUUCAAGGCACGCAGCUUCGCCUCCAGUUUGAGCACCAUGGGCAUCGACCCUUUCAAUGUUUAUGGCUUAAUGGUCAUCUGUCAACUUACUACCUCGGGGGUUAACAUUCAAAUGAGCUUUGACCCAAAGAUUCUCGACAAGCGGCAGAUCCAGCGGACUGUCUAUCAGCUGGAGACAGUCAUCCGCCAAUUAUGUACAAAAUCUCCUGACAGGACCACAUUGAACAAUAUCCAAACAGCCAGUGAGCUCGACCUGGAGCGUUUCUGGGCUCAAAAUGCAGAAUUGCCCCCGGACCCAGCCAUGUUUGUACACGACAAGAUUACUCAAUGUGCCAAAACGGACCCCGAGGCUAUUGCCAUUGAUGCCUGGGACGGCCGGUUCACAUACGGCGAGCUAGACCAGCUCUCUACCGUUGUCGCGCGCAAGCUAAUCCAGCAACUGGGCGUCAAAAAAGGGUCUGUUGUGCCGUUGUGCUUUGUCAAGUCUCGAUGCAUGCCACUGGCCCAGGUUGCGGUCUGGAAAGCCGGCGCAGUAACCUUGCUACAGUCAGCAGACAUGCCAGAGCAGAGAAUGAGUCGUACUUUCCAGCACCUUGGUGUAGAAGUUGCACUGGCUUCACCUGAACGCUUGGCAACGGUCUCGAAGUACGCUCGCUGUAUUACUAUGGAGCAGAUUUUGGAGACCCCGUUGGAAGAAAAUAGCAUGCCACUACCAGUCCUUGAGAUGGAUGACCCGGCCUCGGUUUUGGUAUCCUCUGGCAGCACCGGCGAACCGAAACAUGUUCUCUGGAGUCACCGAGCUCUGGCUGCAAACGCAGAUGAACCAGCCCUGCGGUUGUCGGUAACCUCCUCCUCUCGCAUGUUCCAAUUCUCAUCAUAUGAUUUUGAUGUCGCUACCUUGGAAACAAUCAUUGGGCUGACUCAUGCGGCUUGUCUCUGUAUUCCAUCAGAAGCCCAACGCCUUGAUGGCAUCGCGGUUGCAAUUAAUCAAUUCAGGGCCAACUGGGCCUUUAUCACCCCGUCCACCGCCCGAUUGCUACGUCCACAAGAUGUACCCGGGCUUUUGACUAUCGUGAUGGGGGGCGAGAACAUGUUGCAAGACGAUGUCGCAAGAUGGAAAGGGCACUGUGCUGUCCGCAAUUGGUACGGGCCUGCUGAAUUCCCUGCAGUUACUGUUUACCCGGCCGAUGAGCCCAAUUGGUCCAGCAGUGUGAUUGCACACAUUGAUUUGUUCCGCUGCUGGCUCGUAGACCCACAGAACCGCCACAGACUUGUUCCAUUCGGUGCAAUUGGCGAGAUCGUGGUACAAGGGCCUGCACUCGCCAGUGGCUAUGUCGGAAAUGUGUCUCUUACAGACAAGCACUUCUACCAAGAUCCUACAUUCCUCUCUCAAGGCCUCGGGACUGCUUACCCAGGAAGGCACGGUCGUGUCUAUCGAACAGGGGAUUUGGCUCGAUAUGACUCCGAUGGCUAUCUCGUCUUCUUGGGGCGAAAGGAUGCACAAAUCAAAGUACUUGGUCAGCUUGUAGUUCCCAGGGAAGUGGAAAACCAUAUUAAACAAUGCCUCGAUCUUCCCGGCGAGCAUAAUGAGGUUAUCGUCGACACCAUCCUGCCCCUAGGUGGAGGUGGAGUGAUACUCGUGGGGUUCAUCGUCACCCAAGAUGAUAUCGACCAGUUAACCGUCGGCCUCAACCAGAAGCUUCAGAUGGUUCUUCCUCGCUAUGCAGUACCCUCGUGGUAUAUCGCGAUUGCGAGUGUUCCUUUGACUACAAACGGGAAGCGAGAUCGAAGGCGGCUUCUUGAGAUUGCUGCGUCGUCCCCUCCAUCCAGCCAAGGUUCCACGGGACGACUACCAGUCACGACCGCCGAAAUCACGUUAGCGAGGUUGUGGGCUCUUACUCUUGGAACGGAGCCGGAGACAAUCUCAGCCACUGACAGCUUCCUGCAGGUCGGAAAUUCCAUUGAUGCCAUGCGAUUGGUAGGUACCGCUCGCCAACAUGGCCUGUUGCUCACUGUCGCUGGGGUGAUGGAGUUCCCUAUUUUAGAAGAAAUGGCCAGCCUGUUGCAGAACCUCGAGGAUGUGCCAGAGGACAGCAUUGAGCCUUUUACACUUUUGGAUACUGCUUUAGACCAGAACCUCGCCCGCCAACAGGCAGCAUCCGCUUGUACUGUUAAUGAGGCCGACAUUGAGGAUGUAUUCCCUUGUACCUCUCUCCAGACAGGUCUGCUAGCUUUAACAAUCAAGUCUAACGGGGACUAUACCGGCCGCAAUGUACAGGAGCUAGGGCCUUCGAUAGAUGUCCACCGCUUUGAACAUGCCUGGGAAGAGCUGGUGCGCAUAGUGCCUAUCCUCCGCACACGAAUCGUCGAUCUUCCUGGGCAGGGAUUUGUUCAAGUCGUGAUCCGGGAGAAGGCUGCUUGGAGCAAGGCCGGGAGCGUGGAGGAAUACCUGAGCCAGGAUCGUCAGUAUCCCAUGGGAUUGGGAACCCGUCUGAUGCGUUGUGGGCUGUUUUCAUACAAGUCAACUGAUGAACCAGCUGGUGCCUCCAGCCCAUUGCGUUGGUGUUUUGCAUUGACUAUGCAUCAUUCGAUAUAUGAUGGGCCGACUUCAGCGAUGAUAAUGGGCACGCUGAAGAGCCUUUACUAUGAGGAAACGCCUCUUCGAUUAUGUCCCUUCCAAGCUUUCGUCAAGUACGUCUGCAGCCAGGAUAGGAAAGCCGGAACCAAGUUUUGGAAAGGACAAUUUGAAAGCUGUGAAGCUUCCCAGUUUCCUCUGCUUCCCUCGGCUAGUUACCAGCCAAGAACCGAUUCCACCCAAACUGUUGUAAUCGACAACGUUAAAUGGCGAACAGACGGUUUCACCCCUUCUACCAUCAUCCGUGGAGCAUUCAGCCUCGUAUACGGCCAAUAUGCGAUUUCGUCCGACGUGGUAUUUGGCACGGUGGUAAUGGGCCGCAAAGCCCGCGUUCGGGGGACAGAGAGGAUCGCAGGACCAACGAUUGCCACAGUCCCUGUGCGUGUGCAGAUCAAAGGCGAUGCCACUAUUCCACAAUUUCUUCAAUCUAUUCAAGACCAAGAGAGAGAGAUGGUCCCUCAUGAGCAAACAGGAUUGUCCAACAUUCGUCAAGUCAGCACUCCGGCAGAAGACGCAUGUCGAUUCCAGACCUUGCUCGUAAUUCAACCACCAGAGCAAGCUAUGGACGAUACUGGCUUAUUUGUCUGUCGAUCUGCCGAACAAGAUGAGGCCACUCGAUACCAUAGCUUUAGCUCUUAUGCAUUAUCGGUAGUGUGCAACCUGGAGCCAAGUAGGCUGAAGGUCGAAUUCUGCUAUGACUCUGCCAUAGUCCAGUCAGAAACCAUUCAAACCAUGGCAGCGCACCUGGAUCAGGUCGUUCAAACCAUGUGCAUGCAGGAAUUGCCACACACCACGCUAAGGGGUGUAAACAUGAUGACACAGUCGCAUCUAAAUGACAUCUGGACCUGGAACGCAAAGGUGCCUGCCGUUAUAGACCGAUGCAUGCAUGAUCUGAUCAAGAAAGUUGUGCAACGCCAGCCUCAGACGGUGGCUAUAUCUGCUUGGGAUGGCAGUUUGACAUAUUCUGAGUUAGAUCAGCUGUCAACCAGCCUUGCAACCCAUCUGGUCGGCAUGGGGGUAAAAAGGAACAUGAUUGUGCCGCUUUGCUUUGAGAAAAGCUUGUACGCCAUGCUAGCGGUCCUUGGGGUUAUGAAAGCCGGCGGCGCCACUCUUCUCCUAGAUCCAUCAUUACCAGACUCUCGCCUUGAUGAUAUAUUGCAGCAGGCGAAUCCCACUGUUAUAUUGUCAUCAAUAUCACAGGAACAGCGCUGUUCCCGAUGGGUGGCUCACCCAGUGGCCUUGGGGAAGCAAUCCACCUUUUUUGACGCCGAGGAGACCAACAGGAACACCGAAAUUCACGAUCUGCCGGUUGUAUCUUCGGAUGACCUUCUCUACACCGUGUUUACGAGUGGUAGCACGGGAACCCCCAAAGGAUGUCUCAUGUAUCAUCAACAAUUCACCAGUGCAGUCGUCCAUCAGCAAGCUACGCUUGAAAUGAAUCCAUCCACACGCUUAUACGACUUCUCCUCCUACUCUUUUGAUGCAGUCUACUGGUGCCUCUUUCACGUAUGGAACGCCGGGGGGACGUUAUGUAUCCCCAGCGAGGAAGAACGGAAAAGCGACCUGACCGAGAGCGUGCGCCGGUUUGAGACCACGCACAUUUUCUUAACUCCUUCCACUGCACGGUGGAUAGACCCCCAACGUACUCCUACCCUACGCUAUCUAUUCCUCGGCGGUGAGGCGGUCUUGCCAGAGGAUCUCGCUCGAUGGUCCCCACACGUCAACACAUUUGAGGUAUAUGGACCUUCAGAAUGCUCUGCUAUUACCCUCUAUCAUCGAGUUCCCAAAACAACAGCUGUUGCCGUGCAUUCUAUUGGGAAAGGAAUUGGCGUUCUGACCUGGGUGGUAGACCCAAAGGACCAAGACCGACUCGCACCUCUUGGAACAGUAGGUGAGCUGUACCUCGAGGGACCUCUAGUGGGACAAGGCUACUUCCGAAAUGAAGAGAAAACGGCAGCUGCCUUCAUUGAGAACCCAUACUGGUUAGGUCAGGGCUCCCCUGAUGGAACAGUGCCGGGACGGCGAGGCCGGAUGUAUAAGACUGGUGACCUUGUCAAAUAUCAUCCACUCACUGGAAAUCUCGCGUUCGUGGGCCGAAAGGAUACACAGGUUAAACUGCGAGGCCAACGCAUCGAGCUUGCAGAUGUUGAACAUCAUGUCAUGCAAUGCCUAAUGGAUCGAUCUUCAUCAGGAACUGCGCCAACAGCAGUGGCAGAGGUUAUAGAGCCAGUAGCGACUGGUCGACCGAUGCUUGCCGUUUUUAUCGAUUGCAAUCAAGAGCAGUUGUCCGACUUAUUGCCCCAUCUCGAAGCUGAGUUGCCGAGCCGGGUUCCGUCCUACAUGGUACCUACAACUUAUAUUGCAAGCCCAUCUAUGCCGAUGGCAGCCAGUGGCAAGACAGACCGACGCCGGUUACGCGAGAUUGGUUCCACUUUGACUCUGGAACUCUUGUCACGAAGUGAUUCCUCUGCAACUAGGUUGGCCCCCAGCACAGCCUCCGAGUGCCACUUACAGGCUUUAUGGGUUGAAGUCCUCGGUAUACCCGCCGAGAAGAUUGGAGCCGAAAGCAACUUUGUUCGUCUAGGUGGCGAUUCUAUUUUGGCGAUGCGGUUAGCCUCUUUGGCUCGUAGCCAAGGAUUGAGCUUGUCAGUUCAUAGUAUUCUCACCACGCCUCGGUUGUCGGAGAUGGCACAAGAAAUGCCUGCCUUGAUUUCAACAGAUGCCAACAAGACGGAAGUGGCCGAUCCGUUCUCUCUCCUAAAGCACCCCUCGGAGCAAAAGAUUAUCUUGGAUGAAUUCGCGAGCCAAUGCGACAUCCAAGCCAGCCAAGUUGAAGACAUAUUUCCUUGUACGGGUGUCCAAAAGUCGCUCCUCUCCAUGACCGCCAAACACGCCAACUCGUAUGUCGCUCGACUCUUGCUCAAGCUUAGGAAGGACGUCGAUGAGUCACGUCUCAUGAAUGCAUGGGAAGUGGUGAGUAUGACUUCUGCUCCCAUUCUUCGUUCCCGAAUUGUGGACUGUCCAACGGAGGGGCUCGUGCAAGGUCUCGUGGAUGAAUCGCUGCACUGGGAUGUCACUCAGCCACUGCAGGACUAUCUCCAAAAAUAUCAAAACAGGCCCAUGGGUCUAGCCACCCCGUUGACUCGACUGGCCAUUGUGGAAGACGAACGCAACCAAGAACGAUAUUGUCUGCUAACCCAGCAUCAUGCGAUAUAUGAUGGUUAUUCAUUAAAUCUUCUCGUGGACGAGGUGUCUAAGGCUUAUGAUGGCACCCUUGACGGUCAUACCCCAGUGGCAUCAUUCCAAGCUUUCAUCAAGCAUGUCAUGGAGGUUGAUGCGGAGAAGGCAAAGGACUUCUGGUGUCGUGAAUUUGCAAAUUUCGAGGCAAUCCCUUUCCCAGCAUUGCCCCAUGCGGAUCAUCAACCUAAAGCAGAUAGCACAGUACGACACAGUCUGAAGGCAUUCCAGUGGCCACAGCGAGAUGUCACUCCAUCAACCAUCAUUCGCGCAUCGUGGGCCAUCCUCACUGCGCGGUACAUGGACUCGGAUGAUGUGGUUUUCGGUGCCAUGGUUACGGGCCGACAAGCUCCUCUCCAAGGGCUAGAUCGCAUGAUUGCGCCUCUUAUAAAUGCUGUGCCUAUUCGAGUCAAACUUGACUUCCAAGAAUCGGUCGAUAGUCUGCUCAAUAACAUCCAGAAGCAGUCCAUCGAUAUGAUUGCCUACGAACAGACUGAGCUGCUCACAAUUCGGCGCAUUGACACAAACACCGAUCGCGGCAGCCGAUUCAAUACACUUCUCGUUGUUCAGCCUGCAAGUCAAGGCCAGUCUGUCAAUCACGCUAAUGGCCCCUACGAGAAUCCCAGGAAGCUAGUCUCCGCAACUCAUGAUCUCGAUGAUUCCAACCCAAAUGCUAUUAUGAUCAUGUGCCAGCUUACGAAGACGAACGGUCUGGAGCUGGAGUUUAGCUUUGAUUCUAGGGUGGUGGACACGGCCCAGAUGGAACGAAUUGCCUCUCAAUUUGAGCAUAUCUUGCGUCAAGUUUGUGUGGCCACGACGCAGCCUGUCGAUCACAUUCAGACUAUCAGUGGUGCUGAUCUAGCAGAGCUAUGGGACUGGAACUCGUCUGUUCCGUCGGCAAUCGCUGAAUGCGUGCACAGCUUGAUUGGUACAACUGCCCAGAAUUAUGGAGACCAUCCUGCCAUCUGCGCCUGGGAUGGCCAUUUAUCGUAUUUCGAGCUGGACCAACUUUCUAACCAGUUGGCCUCGCACUUGGUCGCCUUUGGUGUUGGUCCCGGUACCGUAAUUCCACUUUGUUUUGAGAAGUCCAUGUGGCAUCCAGUGGCAGCCCUUGGAGUGAUGAAGUCAGGUGCUGCGUGUCUCUCAAUGGACUCGACUCAACCAGAAUCCAGGCUCCAGUCCAUUGUCAAACAAGUCGAUCCUAGGGUUAUCCUCGCAUCGGCCAAAACUGCCAGGUUGGCCGGUCAUCUAUCUGAUGCUGAGGUCAUUGUGAUUGACCAAGAUUACCUGGAUUUAGCGGCUAAAGAUAUUCUCACCCAGCCGUUGCCCACAGUUCACCCAUCCAAUGUUCUAUACGUGGUAUUCACCAGCGGCUCCACAGGAACACCGAAAGGCGUUGUGACUACACAUCAGAAUUUUGCCUCUGCUGCAACGCAUCAGGCAGAGAUGCUGCGUAUUCAACCAGGUACACGCGUAUUUGACUUUGUCUCAUACAGCUUUGACGUCUCGUGGUCCAAUACCCUUCAGACAUUGAUCCGCGGAGGUUGUCUUUGUAUUCCUGAUGAGUUGGAGCGUCGAAAUAACAUUUCAGGGGCCUUCAAUCGCAUGAAUUGCAACUAUUCGUACUUUACCCCCUCAGUGGUGCGAUCCUUGGAGCCAUCAAGCAUGCCGGGACUCAAAACCUUGGCCAUGGGGGGGGAGCCUAUUCCCACCACCGAGAUUGCUCGGUGGAAGCAGGCGGAGGCCAUCAUUGGAAUAUACGGCCCGGCUGAGUGUGCACAGGCCCUCACAUUCACACUUCUCCAGCCUAAUGGGCGCAACAAUCAUGUAGGGUACUCAUAUGGGGCCCGGACAUGGCUUGUCCAACCGGGCUGUCCCGAUCGUCUGGCCCCAAUUGGCGCAGUGGGAGAGCUUCUCAUUGAGGGUCCCACGGUCAGUCGAGGAUAUUUUGAUGACACUGACAAGACCACCGCUGCGUAUAUCAAGAAUCCACCUUGGCUGUUGCAAGGCGCACCAAGCCUUCCAGGCCGCCAGGCCACCCUAUACAAGACGGGUGACCUACUUCGAUACAACUCAGACGGGUCGUUGGAUUUUCUCGGCCGUAAGGAUGGUAUGGUCAAGCUGAGAGGCCAGCGAAUUGAGCUGGCUGAAGUAGAGUAUCAUAUCCGUGCAAACCUGCGCCACCCUGAGCGAUGUGAUGGCCUGGCGGCAGAAAUUAUUACCCCUAAUAACAGCAGUCCCAUUCUCGCCGUCUUUGUUGCCAUCUCCCCCGCUGGGGUGGCACAGUCCGAGGAAGACACUUUAUCGAAACUGGCAGGCUUGAUUGACGGCUUGGAGGACAGACUUUCCAACCGUGUACCGCAAUACAUGAUCCCUGGCGCCUACAUCCCCAUUGAAAAGAUUCCAAUGACUACCACGGAUAAAACAGAUAGAAGAACUUUACGGCAGUUGGGAGCCGUUCAGACUUUGGAGAACCUGGCAAAACUGCAGUCCCACGGGAAAACCCAUCGCGCACCGACCAGCGUCAUGGAACAAAAGUUGCAAGCACUAUGGUCGGUUGUUCUUGGAAUGGAUGCCAGCAUUAUCAAUGCCGACAGCAACUUCCUUAGAAUUGGUGGAGAGUCCAUCGCAGCAAUGCGACUAGUGACAGCGGCACGAAAUGAGAAGCUCUCACUCACAGUCGCGGAUAUUUUCAACGCACCACGCCUCUCUCAACUCGCCCUUUUAGUGCAGGAAACCACUAUAGAGGACUCUCUACCGUUGGUACAGUCCUUCGCUUUGCUUGAAACGAAUGAUCCAAAGCCCUUCCUCGCUCACUUUGUCGAUCCGCUCCUCGACCCUGGGGCUGGGACUGUUCUUGAUGUGCUUCCUUGUACCGACUUCCAAACUUGUGCAAUUUUGGAUGCUUUCCAAGACCCACCCAGCCGAUUGCCGCAUUGGAUCUUCGAUCUUCCAGCAAGUGUCGACUUCUCACGGCUAGAGAUGUCAUGCCGCAAGCUAGUAGACCAUCACGACAUCCUCCGGACUGUGUUCAUUCAAACACAUGAUCGAUUCUGGCAGGUUUUGCUGGAGCAUUUGAAUCCUGCUUACGACAAUUUCCAGGCAAACCAUGAUGAUGAUAUUACAGCCUUCGUGGAUUCCAUUUGUGAGCUAGAUCGAAAAAGGAUUCGAACCUUUGGCUCUUCCUUCAUUCGAUUUAUGGCAAUACGGAGUCACUCUGGACAGCACCGACUCAUUUUCCGGAUCUCGCACGCCCAAUUUGACGGCUUCAGCUGGGAUACUGUCCUCCGCAGUCUCUCUUCGCUCUACUGCGGCGACACCCUCCCUAACGAACCGAAAUUUGCCCAAUACAUCACCUAUAGGGAGAACAUGAAGGCAAACGCCUUUGCUUACUGGGCCACACGACUGAAACACGCUCCAAAUCCCGGCUGGAGUGGUGUAGAUUGCUCCAACUCCAACCGUGUGUACACUACCUCGGACCGGCUGACGGUGAAAGCGACGAUCCCAAUCCCCGAAGGCCGAUUGUUUGAAGGGAUGUCGCCCGCAACAUUAUUCCAUGCCGCUUGCGCUAUGGUAUUGUCCCGUCAGUACCAACAAGCCCAAGUUGUUUUUGGUCGACUAGUCACUGGCCGGUCGAUGCUACCAAGCAGUCUACAAAAUGUGGUCGGUCCGUCUAUGACCGAGAUCCCUAUCAGCGUGCACAUUGGGUCCUAUGCAACUCUUUCGGACAUCGCAUUACAGUUGCAGCGUCAGCUCAUUGAGGAUUCCCGAUACGAAACCGCCGGGAUGGAAGAGAUUAUCCGGAACUGCACUGACUGGCCUGAUCACAUAAAAGACUUUGGCUGGAGGACCUCUUUCCAGCAAGAAGAUGAUAGUAAUUUUACUUUCCUUGGGACAGCAAGUCGGAUAUCGUUUUACGAGCCGGAUCUGCUGCCUCGAAACCGACCAGAAAUAUAUGCUACCCCACGGGAUGGGAAGUUGGAUCUUGAGUUCGAGGGUAAUCGCCAAUUGAUCAGCGAGGACGAUGUUCAACGCUUCAUUCAAGGUCUGGAAACGGUUUUGGGUAACGUUUGA